CCACCAUGUGGCAUCCACGUUUACAAUCCACUACAUAGCUUCACAUAAUUAGUCAAAUCCCAGCCACACGUUCCCUUUAUUAGAACGAGCUCAUUGUUCUUUGAAUCGGCUCACCCAUCUCAAUCCGACGGAUGAAAGCUAAGCACCACGAGUGAGUCACCAAGAACCCGCACGCACCAAAUCAUUCUCCAUGUCUCUUCUUCGUAAUCUCUCACGGGAGACUUUUUCUCAUUCGCUGAACAUUUCACUUCUGUCAUUUUUUGUUGUUGUUUUUGUCUCGUGUCCUCUCUUUUCCGUUCCAUUUCCUCUGCCUUUCUUCUCUGUGAAGAUGAGUUUUUGCUAGUAGCAGCUGUAGAAGAAGAAGAAGACAGCGCCUUCGCAUGGCGAGUCAACUCGGAGCUAACUCAACUCUGGGUCUCGCUAUUCACCCUUAAGCUGGUCGUCAAGAUCGCCGUCUCUCUCGCUCUGCCAGGUUCCUUCACUUUGUCUUUCUUCCCACCCUUUUCCAUUAUUAUGUCGUCUAUCAUUCUAAUUGACAAUUUCGGCGACUUCCCAAUCUGUGGGUAUCCAUUCCCAUGGCAGAAACACUGCCAAUUUUCAUGCUACCGUCUUGGGCGACCGAAAGCUAGGGUUUUUAUUUGAUUUGUCUCCCUCCGAAAUUGCGCGUUUUUUGGUUUCAAUUGAAUUGGAGGCCUGUUCCGACUUAGGCUUUUUGCAAUUGUCUAUGAUUCGGUGCAUAUUCGGAUUCGAGUUCGUCCAAUUCUGUGGUGGAGUUGGUAAUUUGUGAAUUUUGCGUCGUCAUUGAUAUGGUUAAUGAUGUAGGGAGUUUUCAUCUUGACAGCAUUUUGUUUGACCUCGUGGAAAUUCAGGUUCCGGCAUCAGAGAUUGCUUCACUUUGGUAUGGAGAACGAGGCACCGGAUGCUAUGAAUCUCGAUUUGAAUCUCGGCCCUGGCCCAGACACAGAGUCAGAAGAAGCAAUAGCUAGUGAAGGUGUGAACUUGGAUGAUUGGGUUAAUGAUAACCCUAUCGAAAGAAUAAGGCAAGCUGUCAGAGUUCGAGCUAGGCAGCGUUGGAGAUGGCGACAAGUCCAAUUCCCGCGCGAGAGGCAAUCACUUUCGGUGGAAUUGAAUCAAUUGAUAGGCGAUUCUGCAGGUUUGAGCGGCUUACAAGCUGGUGAAGGCAGUGUAGCAGCUGAAGAACGGUCCAAUGAAGACCUCAAAAUGUGUGAAAACGCCAAUAUGUUUCUAGAAGACCAAGUGUCUGAAAAUAAGGAUAAUGUCGAGAAGGGAAGUGGCACUGAUGGGAGUUUUUUCGAUUGCAAUAUUUGCUUCGUCCUGGCUUCAGAUCCUGUUGUUACAUGUUGUGGCCACCUCUUCUGUUGGGCAUGCCUAUACAGAUGGUUAAAUAUCCAUUCGGACGCAAAAGAGUGCCCUGUAUGCAAGGGGGAGGUCACCAUCAAGAAUGUGACCCCAAUAUACGGGCGAGGUAAUAAUAAUUCUCGUCCAUCUGAAGACGACUCCAGUCUUGAGAUCCCAAGCAGGCCACAGGCGAGGCGAGUCGAGAGCCUGAGGCAGACCAUUCAGAGAAAUCACUUUCACUUUCCAAUGGAAGAGGUGAUUCGGCGCCUCGGAAGUAGACUUGAGAUGGUGGAAGAGUUGACUCCAUCUCAAGAUCCUAGUGGGGUCCGUGACAUAACAGAUAGGAGUUCCUUUAUUAAUAGGUUGAUGACAUUCAGGGGAGCCCGUGCAGAGCAAACUUCAGUCCCAAAUCCUAGCGAGGUAGUGGAUUUGACACACAGUGGGACAAGUAGUCCCGAGGGAGGAGUAAGAAGCCGCCGGCUUCACUCUCUGUUGCUUCGGAGGUCCCAAUCACAUGCUCAAAGAGCUUCAGCUCACAGUUCACUAUCGGCUGCUUUUAAUACUACUAGUGAAAGAAUGGUCGAGCUUCUAAGAAACCAUCCCAUAGUGAGGAAUCAGGAACAAGCUGUUGAUGACAGGGAUUCUUUCUCGAGCAUUGCUGCAGUUAUAAACUCGGAAAGUCAAAUGGACACUGCUGCUGAAAUUGAUUCCAUGGUGUCUCUUUCUACCUCUUCUUCCAGAAGAAGGAAUGAUAGCUCGAGAGCCUCUGAUGUCGACAGUGGGGAUUCUCGUGCGCCUAGGAGGAGGAGGUUAAACUAAGGAAAGUAUCCAUCUCUAAUUAUUUCUGGUAUGUUGAAUAUUGGCAACUCAAAAUCCUACGUCCAUGUAAGUUCUACCCCGGCUUUGUAACAGCUUGCUCUCAAUUUGUGUUGGCGUUUUCCCGAUCGUCAAUGACUCUUGAAUCUGAUAAAUUUUAAUUUUUCAAAUGUUCCAUAGCUGCUUCUGGGUUUGAGAUAUAUGCGCACUCUCACUUAGUGAGCAUCUGUGUAGUUCCUGUGUGGAAAAUCAGUUCUAUAGGGAGCAAGUAGACCUUAUUUUCUUUCCAUUGUACAUAAGACCUCUGAGCUACAUGGUGUGGGGCUACUUAUUAAUUUUUCCAUCCAAUUUUCCAUUAUUCAUUGCAUGUUUCAUUGAAAUUUAUUUUUGACAGGUUCUGAUGGCAUGCGUUGCAUAAUUUUUAUUUGUCUUGUAUUCUUCUGCAGAACUUUUUAACACUAUAUUGCCUUGCCUUUUAAGUUUUAACAAUAGAACACUACUGAUUCCCUGGAUAGGGUUACUAGGGAAAUUGGUAUUCCCAGUUAGUUUCUGGGUUUACUAGGGAAGCUGGUGUUGUUUGCAGCCUUCUAUUAGGGAGGUUCUGACACAGUUGAGUAUCACUGUGGCAGUUUGAUCAUCUAACUAAUCAUCAUGGUUGGAGCUAGAUGAGAUUUUGAAAGCAUUCUCUUCUAUUUUUUCCCCAUGUUUGUGAAUUGCCUUGGGCGACAAGCAAAUAUUUAAGACUACUUUUCUUGUCAUGUUGCGAUUCUGAGUUCAUUGAUUUCUACUGUAGAAAGACUGAAUAGCUAUUCGUCAACAACAGGUCAUAGCUAACUAUACCUUGUUAAAAAACAACAGGUCAUAUAGCUCGAGUUGUGUUAGGUUUUGUGCGAGGGUAAGGGAACUCUAUGGUUUGGGCCUACUGCAAAUAAGUCGCCUCAAACCAAUUCUAGCUAGCACCAGGUUCUAACAAGGCAUGAUCGCGGCAAGGCAAUGAAGAAGAAGAAGAAGAAGAGCAUCCAUGUCUGGACACAUGAGAACACAAUGAUGGCGAAUUGGCGAUGAUGAUCAUUGAAACAGGGCUAACUAAAAAAUAAGUAAAAAAAAAACUCUAAGAUGAUGAACAAGGCUGCCAAAAUGUUGAUGAUGGUAAAUGGAUGGAUGGUUGAUGAUGGAGCCUAAUGGGACUGGAAAGGUAAUUUAGACUUUAGAGGGCAGAAAGAAAGAGAAUGUGUCAUGUGGGUUGAUUGGAAAAUUUAUUUAUCUAUCUAUUAUGUCGUGGUGUGUGUCAUUAAAAAUAAAUUAAUAAAUAUAAUAUUAUUAAUUAAAAUGAAUAAAUACAAAUAUUUUGUUCAAAAACUCUGUUGCUUAUAUUCCAUAUCCAACAUUUUUUUAUGUGCACAUGUAAACAAUUAUUCAUAAAUUGGUCACUCAAGUAAUUCUGAAUAUGGUUCGCAAUUAACUUCAUACUAGAAAAAAAGUCAUUUCAGAGCUUGCAAGAUAAAGUCAACACUAACUUCGAAUGAAAAAAAAGUUCAAACGAGAAGCUAGAAGGGUGACGACAAGUCAGCGUGGAAGUUUAAACGAGAAUAGGGAUGUCACCAGCCCGACGCCGACAAUUGAAGGGUGGAAAUCCACUGAUUUAUGGUAAUUUGUUGUUACCAAUUAAACACUCUCUUAGCCAAAAGAUCUUCCACCAUUAACAUCCAAACCCACCAAUCAAAUCACCAUCCCUUGAUCCAGGCACUCAUCAGUCUUUUUCUGGGCUUAUGUACUUUGGGCUAAGACCUAUAAUUUAUGGACCGGGUGUUUAGGGCAUUUGGCCAUCUUUUGGGCUUUUUGGAGUGGUCUUUCUUUUCCUUUGUGUUUUGCUUAAGCCUUAUCACUGGGUUUAUCCCCACUUUGUAUCCCUCUUCAGUUUUUUUUUAAUGAAACUAACCUUGUAAA